AUGUUCUCUUUGUUCCCAGUUGCUACUCUUUUGACUGUCGCCUCGGUUGUCACCGCUGCUGACAAUCCAUACACCAUUUACCCAUCUGUUGCAAAGACUGCCACUAUCAAUGGUUUUGCUGACCCAGUUUACGACAGAUUGCCAGAGUGUGCUAAAAGCUGUGUGUCUGCAUCCACCUCUUCCACUCCUUGUCCAUACUGGGACACUGGUUGUCUUUGCGUCAUGACCAACUGGGCAUCUGAUGUUGCAGAAUGUUUUGCUAAAAACUGUAAGGGUUCAGAUGUUGACACUGCUUCCCAGGCUGCUGUUGCUGUCUGUUCUGCUGCAGGUGUUUGGGAACCAUACUUCAUUAUCGACUCUGCUGCUUCCAGUUCUUUGGCUGCUGCUGCUGAAGAAGUUGCCACUACUUCUGAGGCUGCCACCUCUGAAGCUGCCACUUCCGAAGCUCCUACCACGUCCGAAGCUCCUGCUACUUCCGAAGCUCCUGCUACUUCUGAGGCUCCUGCUACUUCUGAGGCUCCUGCUACCUCUGAGGCCCCAGCUACUUCUGAAGCUCCAGCUACUUCUGAGGCUCCAGAGUCUUCUGCUCCAGCUCCAGAGUCUUCUGCUGAGGAAUCCUCUGCUCCAGAGUCCUCUGAGAGCGCUGCUGUUCCAACUGUUGCUUCUGUUAACGGUGUUGCUCCUGGUGUUGUUCCUGCUGCUGUGGCCGGUGUCGCUGCUGGUUUGGCUAUGCUUUUGUAA